AUGUCUCAACCAGAGGAACCCAUGGAUGUUGCAGAUGUGGGAGAAAAUUCAAAUGGAUCCUCGAGCGAUACCACGUCCUCGAGGGGAAAAGAAGGUGAUUUCGAAAGUAAAAUUGAAACCGAUCGUUCCAAAAGAUUUGAGUUUUUGUUGAAACAAACUGAAAUCUUCUCUCAUUUUAUGACAAACACCCCUAAAUCUGGUGCCAGUCCCCCUAAACCAAAAGCCGGUAGACCCAAGAAGAUUAAGAUGGAAGAGAGCGGAUCAGCUGGCGAUCAUCGUCAUCGAAAAACUGAGCAAGAAGAAGAUGAGGAACUGCUGGCAGAAACGAAUACAAAAGUUAAAUCCAUAUUCCGCUUUGAAGCAUCCCCACCCUAUAUUAAAAAUGGUGAAAUGCGUGAUUAUCAAGUGAGAGGUCUCAAUUGGAUGAUAUCACUCUACGAAAACGGCAUCAAUGGUAUUUUGGCUGAUGAGAUGGGUCUUGGAAAAACUUUGCAGACCAUUUCCCUGCUUGGGUACAUGAAGAAUUUCAAGAAUGUACCUGGGCCACACAUUGUUAUUGUGCCAAAAUCAACCCUGACAAAUUGGAUGAAUGAGUUCAAGAAAUGGUGCCCUUCACUGAGAGCAGUUUGUCUGAUUGGUGACCAAGAAACAAGGAGCACAUUCAUCCGUGAGGUUCUUAUGCCUGGUAACUGGGAUGUUUGCAUCACAUCUUACGAGAUGAUCAUUCGGGAGCGAUCAGUAUUCAAAAAGUUUAAUUGGAGGUACAUGGUGAUUGAUGAGGCUCACAGAAUUAAGAAUGAAAAGUCCAAACUGUCUGAACUGCUCAGAGAGUUCAAGAGUAUGAACAGGUUGUUGCUGACUGGUACUCCACUGCAGAACAACCUUCAUGAGCUCUGGGCAUUACUCAACUUCCUUCUACCAGAUGUCUUUAAUAGCUCUGAUGACUUUGACUCAUGGUUCAACACAAAUGCAGCUCUCGGGGACAAUCAAUUAGUCUCUCGAUUGCAUGCAGUGUUAAGACCAUUUUUGCUUCGUCGUCUGAAAUCUGAAGUCGAGAGGAAACUUAAACCGAAAAAGGAGGUCAAGGUUUACGUUGGUUUAAGCAAAAUGCAAAGAGAAUGGUACACUAAGGUUUUAAUGAAAGAUAUUGAUGUUGUAAAUGGCGCCGGAAAGGUAGAGAAGAUGCGACUGCAGAACAUUCUUAUGCAGCUCCGUAAGUGUUGCAACCAUCCCUAUCUGUUUGAUGGCGCUGAGCCCGGCCCACCCUAUACUACAGACAUGCAUCUUGUCAACAACUGUGGAAAACUCGCCAUUCUCGACAAAUUGCUACCUAAAUUACGUGAACAGGACUCCAGAGUGCUCAUUUUCUCUCAAAUGACCAGGAUGCUGGACAUUUUGGAAGAUUAUUGUCUUUGGCGGCAAUAUAAGUAUUGCCGUUUGGAUGGUCAAACCCCACAUGAAGAUAGAAACAGGCAAAUAGAAGAAUACAAUGCUGAGGGAAGUGAGAAGUUUGUGUUUAUGUUGUCGACGCGCGCUGGAGGUCUCGGUAUCAACUUAACGUCCGCGGAUGUUGUCAUCAUAUACGAUUCUGAUUGGAAUCCACAAAUGGACUUGCAGGCUAUGGACAGGGCUCAUCGUAUUGGGCAGAAGAAACAAGUGCGAGUAUUUCGACUUAUUACGGAAAAUACUGUUGAAGAAAAAAUUGUUGAACGUGCUGAAGUCAAAUUGAGGCUAGACAAACUUGUCAUUCAAUCAGGACGUUUAGUUGACAUCAAGAGUCAACUGAAUAAAGACGAAAUGCUCAACAUGAUCCGACAUGGUGCCAAUCAUGUGUUCUCGUCUAAGGAUUCGGAAAUCACUGAAGAAGACAUUGAUGUCAUAUUAGCUAAAGGAGAACACAAGACUGAAGAGUUGAAGCAGAAGCUGGAGAGUCUAGGAGAAUCGUCCCUGCGGGCGUUUUCCAUGGACACCCCCGGCGCAACGACUGAUUCAGUGUAUCAGUUUGAAGGGGAGGAUUACAGAGAGAAGCAGAAAGUUUUACCCAUUGGUAAUUGGAUAGAACCGCCUAAACGCGAACGUAAAGCUAACUAUGCAGUGGACGCUUACUUCCGAGAGGCACUCCGCGUUUCCGAACCGAAGGCGCCAAAGGUACAGGCUCCUCGUCCUCCAAAGCAGCCUAUCGUACAAGACUUCCAGUUCUUCCCGCCGCGACUUUUCGAGUUACUGGAUCAAGAAAUAUAUCACUACCGCAAAACAUUAGGGUACAAAGUACCGCGAAAUCCUGAGUUAGGCCCCGAUGCAGCCAAGAUUCAAAGAGAGGAACAGCGGAAGAUAGACGAUGCUGAAGCUCUAACAGAGGAAGAGAUACAAGAAAAGGAACAACUGUUGACUCAAGGCUUCACAAACUGGACAAAACGAGACUUCAAUCAAUUCAUCAAAGCUAAUGAAAAAUACGGCAGAGAUGAUAUUGAAAAUAUUGCCAAGGAUGUGGAAGGGAAAACUCCAGAGGAAGUCAUGGAAUAUUCUGCAGUAUUUUGGGAGCGGUGUCAUGAACUCCAAGACAUAGACAGAAUAAUGGGUCAAAUUGAAAGGGGAGAGGCGAAAAUACAAAGGCGAGCAUCAAUCAAGAAAGCCCUGGACGCCAAGAUGGCGCGCUACAGAGCUCCAUUCCACCAACUAAGAAUAUCGUAUGGAACAAAUAAAGGAAAGAAUUAUGUUGAAGAAGAGGACAGAUUCCUGGUAUGCAUGUUACACAAAUUGGGUUUCGACAAAGAAAAUGUUUACGAAGAACUACGAGCAUCAGUACACGCCGCGCCGCAAUUCCGAUUUGAUUGGUUCCUCAAAUCUAGAACAGCUGUUGAAUUACAGCGCAGAUGUAACACACUCAUCACUUUGAUUGAAAGAGAAAAUCAAGAACUUGAAGAGAAAGAACGGGCUGAAAAGAAGAAAAAGAGUGGUGCUGCCAAUCAAAAUACUCCCGGCGGUAAUGCCAGUGGCAAAGGCGCCAACACCAGUAAGCGCAAGGCCGAUAAUACUCCAGACACAGCCCAGAAGCACAAAAAGAAGAAGAAAUGA